AUGCCGCUUCCACCUGAACAAAUCAACAUCAAGCGCCGCCGCGAGGAAGAGCCCGUGGAGACACUGUAUAUCCAAUCUGCGCUCCAUCAGACAAAACGUCGCUUCACAGACUUUGUCUUCCACCGGGUUCUUUUGGACGAUGGCGGAAAUCAGUCACCCGGUGGGCCCGCGUCUGCGGCACAGCGAGCUCUACGCAGUCCUAGGUCUGUGAGCAGCUUGAAGUUCCCUUCACGUAGUGCAACAGCAAAACAGUCUACCUCAGCUAGUGGCGUGCCCCUGGUGCGGGCCACGUCGCCCGGCGCCGAGUUCCGCGAGGCACAGAGGAUGGCCGCUGCGAGGAAAGAAUCGGCGGAUAAGCACAAGCGUGCUGUGCAUUCUCCUGCUCCGCCGACACCGCCAGCUGCGCCUGAAACCCCACCGGCAGCUCGUGAAAGUACUUCUACAUCAAUCGCGACUCCUUCGUCUAGCCGAGCACAUUCACUGCGCCGGUUCCAGAUUUCCCGAUCUAGCAGUGCCAAUCUUGGUUCUCUGCGAAGCUUGGGUGGUGGCAUCCAAAAGCGCCGAGCGGAUGGCCCAGCGCCUGGUGUGGCCGUUUUGGUCGAACAACUUCGGCGCGAACCGCACUCACGGCAGGCAUCGAUGGUAGCCCAGCUGGCCGUUCAGGCACAGAUUGAUGGUAGCCGCACGUCGUCUUUGCUGCACGAGAAUGGUAUCGAGGGUGCUGAACCCCCAGUUCGGCCCAGAAAGCGGCCUGUUGUGAACCAGGCAGAGAAGAAGUGGAGAGAGGAGCGGAAGGGCGCCAUCUCUGCUGCCAAACAACAUUUGUCUGAUACGCUGGAGAAGUCCGCGCUGGCGCAUAACACCAACUGGGAUGAUGAGUCAGAGCGUCUUGCUCGGGAACUUGAACAGGUUGCUCUAGAAAUCGAGAAAGAGGAUCAAGGCAUGGAUAUCGAGGCGUCUAACGCGGAGUCUCCUUUGACGACGUAUGUAACACCCGCACCAGGACCCAAGCCUCCUCUGAAGUAUCAGCCACGACCUCCCAAACAGCCCAGGACUACACUGGCAACAUCGCAGACCCCUGCUGAGAGUAAUGAGAAGGGGAUGGACAAUGCCCCGGAGCAACUCGAAGCAGACGACAGUGAUGGCGACUACGUCUACGAUGUCUACAUCCGGCGACCCAUAGGAGAAAGUGAGAUGCUUAAGAAUCCACUCGCUGAAUUUGAGUCGGAUCAACAGCAAAAGAGCGUUGACUCAACACAUGGUAUCGGAGUCAUCGUUAUCACAUCCGAGGACGAGCAAUACUGGGAACAUUUCGUCGAGGACGACGAGGAGGAGUGGGACAGCGAAGACGCCGACUCGAAUGCCGAAAAUAACCCCGCCAACGAUUAUCCGGAUGAAGAGAUAUCUUCAGACGAAGACGACCCGACCUCGAUGUUUGGCACGUAUCGUCGGAAUUCAUCGGACGACGAUUUCAACUUUGAUGAUUCGGCGAGUGAGAGUGGCCGUCCGAAGUUUGGACACGGACGCUUUGAUGGGUAUGCGGAUUCAGACCACGACAGCUGGUGA